AACAUGUAAAUAUAGGUGCGGGUACGUUGUUUAAAGAGUUAAGACACGAAGUCAUUCAAGUACUACAGAAGGACGUCUAAGUGUUCCGUAGGAGCCAAGUUGUUGUCUUAUCAAACAUGGGUGCAGUAUUGUAAAUGACCUAGAGGGCGACUGACAGGAGUGACGUCAUAUUUUACACUGGAGGUCACCCAUACAAUACCUCAACAAGUGAUUAGACUGGACUCUCAUGUUAAAUAUCUGGCUUAAACUCAAUGUCUGUGCCUUUUGUGUCCAGUAUUAUUGGAUAGAAACAGAAUUAUUUGAUUACGUUCCUCACACGAGACACAAUUGGCGCGCUAAUCAUUUUCGUCAGAUGUCAGACGACUUUUUUCCCCCGCGCGCCGCCAUGUUGGAGGUUUCUAGGGUAGCUAGGUGCAACAGGGCACAACAGACACGCCCCUUCCAUUGUCGUCAACAAAAGACAGGUGAUCACAUUCUCUAGUCUUCUGUCGGAAUGAUACCUGAGGGCGCUGGAGAUUGUAUCCACCUGUCGUGACUCAGGAGAAAUAUCAUGGCUGAGCGUGCAGGUAUUUUGUGGCGAGUUUUGUGACAUUUUUACGGCUGAGAAGCCGCGUGGAGUCGCCAACAUGGGCUGCGCUGGUUCGCGGGACGUCCGACCGCCUACGGGACAACAAGAUGGCCGCAUAAGUAAGGCAUCGUUCCAACCCCUCGUCAUGACGGUAGACAAUGGACGCGUGGUCGGGAAAAUAAUAGACGAAAAUGUCGGCGACUCGGACAAAUUAGAGAAGACAACAACGUCCAAAAGCAGCAAGGCUGAGGAAAAGAAGGUAAGGAUCACACGACAGAAAUAUCUGGUCACGAAGUCGAGAAACAAAGUCCUGAGCUGGCACGCAAUUGUGGAAAUGAAGAGAAAAUCCAAACGAGUGGUCAAGAGGAUUCGGAAACGGAGCCGGCGCCCGAGAAAACACGAAGAGCCGCCGUCGGGUCCUCGGGUGGACCCGGCAAGCAUCGUGGUGCUUCUCGGCGACUCUCCGGAGAAGGAGACGGUGUUACAAGACGGAGACUCUCCGCUUCUUGGAAUCCCUAAGAAACAAUUAGUUCCCGACCUUGGAGUCUUUAAAGACCUCGACGAAUAUGCCUUGAAGACGCCUGAAAGUGAGGAAGGGUCCAUAGAAAAGACGGUAGACUACUUGUUGCGCCGUGCCGGCACGGACCUGGAGAAGGCCCGGGCUGUCUGGCGAUGGAUGACCGCAAGGAUAGAGUAUGACGUACCGGCAUUCCUGUCCGGAAGCUAUCCCGACAUGACAGCUGAAGCAGUGUUUACCAGACGCAGUGCCGUCUGUACGGGGUACUCCACACUCUACAAGAAGAUGUGCAGCCUUGCAGGGCUUCGUUGUGAGGAGAUCUGGGGGAAGUCUAAGGGUGUCGCCUACAGGGUCGGGAGGAAGUUUCAGCAGGAGUACGACCACACGUGGAACGCCGUGGAGAUAGACGGGCGGUGGUACCUGUUAGACUGCACCUGGGGAGCAGGUGUGGUGGACUUACAGAGGAACACUUUCACUUUCAACUAUCAGGAGGACCGAUUCCUGACAGAUCCAGACAUGAUGAUUCUGGACCAUCUUCCCCUGGAAGACAAGUGGCAACUGUUGGACGAGACCAAAACCCUGGACCAGUUCGAAAGCGAGGUCCACCUCACCCCCGCGUUCUACGCAUGCGGCCUACACCCCUCCGACCUGAGUGUCCAAGAUGGCGUCUUGGAAACACAAAACGGUGAAAUCGUCCUAAAAGUUAACCUUCCAAAAACCGUCGAGCUUUCUUGGGAAAUGACAGAAGAAGAUGAUACAACACCGAUCAAGACAAGUGUUUUGUAUGAGAUUAUCGGAAGUACGGGACACUUUCGCGUAAUACCGGCAAAGACGGGAUCUUUCAAGUUUUGGUUGUCGUGCAAAACGGAAAAGGGAGACUGGGAGAUGGUCUGUGAGUACCUGGUUAACUGUAGCGCUGUGAAGGAAGACUUUGCCGGCUUUCCUGACAAUGACGGUCAUCUCUGGGGCCCCGGACUUGAACUUCAGCGAGGGGGCGUGGUCAAGGUCAGCCACACAGAAGCGAUCUUGCAGACAGAAGACGGCGAAGUGACGGUUGAACUUGAACCCAGGGAUGUGCUAGACUUCUCCUGCGAACUCUGUAAAGACGGGGAAGAGGAUAUGGUAAAAGGAUGUAUGCUGCAUGAGGUUGUGAAAGGCACGGCUCGCUUCAGACUUGCGCCUCCUCAGUCAGGUUUCUACGUGUUGAAGAUAUACGCUAGUGGGUCCACACAACAAGACUUCCAUCCGUUCAUAGAGUACAUCAUUGACUGUAAAGAAUCGUUAGAGGACGAUGAUGUUUUCCCUGAUAAUGACGGUGGAGUGUGGGGACCAGGAGUCGCACUGAGGGAGAAGAGGGUCACAAGUGUCAGUCAUACUGAAGCGGUGGUCGACACAAAAGAUGGAGAAUGCACCGUCACCGUAGAGCUACCGAAAUGCAGCAACGCCGCCGGUCAACUCUUCAGCGUAGAUGAUGCAGAAAAUGACAUCAAGGGGGCCGUCUUGACAGACAUUGUGGACGGAAAGACAACCUUCAGAGUCGUCCCACCCGCUCGAGCUAGUGGUAAAUUCACCUUGUCCCUGUUCACAGUAUCGGACGGUUGUGACUGGGACCCCAUUUGUGACUACGUCAUCAAUUGUGAGGAAGGCAAAGAUGACGUGGAACUCUUUCCCGACAAAGACGGUUGCGCAUGGGGACCUGGACUGGCACUGGAAGAAAGAACGAUACUACAAACGACCCAACCAAGGGCUCUUGUUUGCACCAUAGACGGCGAGGUCACAAUAGGGAUAAAGACACCAGAAGACACAGACUUUGCAGCCCAGCUCUUUAAAGCAGGCGAUGCGGACAAUGAGUUAAAAGGUUCGAUUCUGUUCGAGACUGUCGACGACCAGGAGUGUUUCAAAGUCAUUCCUCCCGAACAAGGGUACUACGCGCUGAAUAUCUUCACAGUGUCGGAAAAUCUGGACUGGCAACUCCUUUGUGAUUACGUGAUCUAUUGUGAUGAACCUAGGGAAUCAUCCGUUGAUGAAGACGGGCAACCAUACGGGCCGGGGAAAGCCAUCCAAGACGGCAUUCUCAAAGACGCCAGUCACAAGGGAGCUGUGCUUAAGACAGAGCAAGGAGAAGUUCAAAUAUCCUUGGAGUUCUCCGAAGCCACGAACUUUACAACUGAACUCUUUAACCUGUACGACAAGGACACUGAAAUCACCGGCCACGUCUUCAACCAAAUCAUUGACGGGAAAGCACAGAUUCAAAUUUUCCCGCCGGAAGCCGGCACAUACGUGUUAAAGCUAUGGACAACGACAGCUGAUUGGGAGUCAGAAGAAGUCUGCAGCUACCUCGUCCAAUGUGAUCAGCCGAGAGAAAACUUCAGACCCUUCCCAAAGACCCAUGGUUACCUAUGGGGCCCCGGGCUUCACCUAGCCAAUGGGAAACUCUCUGACGCCAGCCACAUACCUGGCGUUGUUGUUGCAAAAGCCGGGGAAGCGCGCAUCACCAUAGAGACAGAAAGUCCGUUCAACUCCUGCGUCAUCCAAAACGUAGAAGAAGAAUGUCUUCCUCCUCAGCAUCACUUCUUGGAGACUGUGGGGAAGACUAUCAGGAUUGGCGCACGUCUGCCCGCGGAGGGAUACUACGCGCUGUCCAUCUGGGAAGAGGACACCGACGACAAGAUCUACUACCUACUGAGGUGUGAUGAGGCGCCCGGUGACUGUUCAUCGUUUCCGCUAGUACACAUGUGGCCUCGAGAUUAUGAGCUACACGAGCCAAGAGAUGGCAACCUUCCAACAAAGCAAACCAUCCGCUUCCGGGUCACCUGUCCCUCAGCGGAGGGAUUGUGGGUAAUGCUCCCAUCCGGCGACCGGAAGGACUUCACCAAGGAUAGCAAGGGAUCAUGGGAAGCUGACGUGUACACGGGUGUACCCGGCGGUUUAACGCUUUGGUCAAAGACGGACGAAAACUUGCCUGAGCAAGUUCUGCUUGUCUAUCAGGUAGUUUAAAUACAUAGACGCGGAAAUCACUUGUCCAGUUGCAAUCAAAAUUGUAAAAAGAAAAAUUGCAAGAUUUUCAACGACGGUGUUUAAA